UGUCUGAGGGUUGAGAGCUCGAGCAGGACCAAGAGGGGAAAAGAAAUCCACGCAAGAGCCGUUAGUGUGAGAGCUGCUGUGUGUUAGUGUGGAGGCAUCGCACCGCGCAGCAGAGACAAAACUCUCACCAUUCACACACAGGAGUAUAAGAAGGAAACCCCCCUGAGGGAAGCUUCUAGUAAAAGGACAAAAAAAGCAACAAACAAAAAGAGACAAACCAACAAGAAAAGGACAAGCGUUGUGGGACCAAGAGAAGGACAAGAGAGAGAGGCUCUUCUACGCCAGAACUUUCUCAGCUUUUGUGUGUCUGUGUGUGUUUUUGGGGAGGGGGGAAGUUUGUUGGAAUAUGGUUGGGGAAAUGGAAAAUAAGGAGCGACCAAAACCUACCCCAGACUAUCUCAUGCAACUGAUGAACGACAAGAAGCUGAUGAGUAGCCUGCCCAACUUCUGCGGCAUUUUCAAUCAUUUGGAGAGGUUACUGGACGAAGAGAUCAGCAGAGUGCGGAAAGAUAUGUACAACGAUACAUUAAAUGGCAGUACAGAGAAGAAAAGUGCAGAAUUACCAGAUGGUGUGGGGCCUAUUGUACAGUUACAAGAGAAGCUUUAUGUACCUGUUAAAGAAUAUCCUGAUUUCAACUUUGUUGGAAGAAUUCUUGGACCCAGGGGGCUAACAGCAAAACAACUGGAAGCAGAGACAGGAUGCAAGAUUAUGGUGCGAGGAAAGGGCUCAAUGAGGGACAAGAAGAAGGAGGAGCAAAACAGAGGCAAACCCAACUGGGAACACCUGAAUGAAGACUUGCACGUAUUAAUCACUGUGGAAGAUGCACAGAACAGAGCGGAAAUCAAGCUAAAGAGGGCAGUGGAAGAGGUUAAAAAAUUGCUUGUACCAGCGGCAGAAGGAGAAGAUAACCUUAAGAAGAUGCAGCUGAUGGAAUUAGCGAUACUGAACGGCACAUAUAGAGAUGCCAACAUCAAAUCACCUGCCCUUGCCUUUUCUCUUGCAGCAACAGCCCAAGCUCCACGGAUCAUUACUGGGCCCACAUCGGUUCUACCACCAGCUGCCUUGCGAGCUCCGACACCAGCUGGUCCAACUAUUAUGCCUCUAAUUAGGCAAAUACAAACAGCAACAGUCAUGCCUAAUGGAUCACCUCAUCCGACUACAAUAGUGCCUCCUGCACCUGAAGCCGGUCUAAUCUAUGCUCCCUACGACUACCCUUAUACCCUGGCACCAGCUACUUCCAUCCUGGAGUAUCCCAUCGAGCCUAGCGGAGUUUUAGGCCUUCAUGCCAUUAGUUGCCAAUACUGAAUAAGGUAUAAAAAAAAGUUACAUUGGACAUGCCUUUCGAAAGCACUGGUAUGGCUUUCCCAACGAAAGGUUAAGAAUUCAAGAACCAUGUUACUGAACCCUCAUCAGAUCUGAACUUUAACAAAUGCUUAGUUUCACAGCAGCCAUGGACAAAAUGAGCCCAGCCGGACUGUCAGUGAAAUACUAGCAUUGUGUAUGUGUGCGCAUAUUGGAAACCAGCUGGGUCAAUUUACUAUAAUUCUGGCCUACUGUUCUUCCUACCAUUUUGUUACAUCUGUCCCAGAGGAAUCACAUGUAAAGUAUUUCAUUGUCUGUUUGGUGUAGGGUUCAUUCAAUACUGUGUUUGCUUUACAAAUCACCUAAUCCUUUGCAAAUUGUAGCUCCCAGCUUCUGAGCUAAGUGUGCAUUUUGUAGGUCAAUUGCUGAAGAACUUUUUAAAAUCUGUAGAGGUUUUAUUUUUAAAAAAAUUGAUCUCAAUAUUGAUUCAGUGUUACGAUGACAUAAAACUUGUUUGUUUGCAAGAAGCACUCCACUGAUUAUGUGACUAGUAAAACUUAAUUGCGCUUGAUCUAAUUGAAUUAUCUCAUACAGUGGGAUUUUUAACAAAUGGAUAAUAAUGGUUUAAGACUAUGUCUUUUGAAACGGAAUGCAAUAUUAACAUGCACAGUUGUACUCUAUUUAGUAAUUUCUGCGUAAAAUGUUCAAAUUAUAAAGGUGCUGUGCCUUAACCUGUUUUUUAACUGAUAUCUUGUAGUAAGUUCUAAUGUAAACCCAUCUUUGAUCUGCUGUUGAAAUGCUAUUGAUAAGUUAACCAAUCACUUCCUAGGAAAUUCCUCUAAUCAUGUGUUGGAAAUGUUGCAAUUUAACUAGGUGCAGUGGCUACUAAAGUUCGAAGGCACGAUAUGCGGGUCCAUCCUUACCAAAGGAUUGUGACCGCAGACCGAGGUUAGUUUAGUUCUGGAGUUCUUGUUUUUUGUUGAACAUGUUGACUGAAAGGGUGCUGCUUUGCAACAUCAUAUCAAGUGGAGUUGACCAAUGGUCUAAUUUUUGACGACCAGUCAUGUCCAUUUUUAUUCUGCCAAAUAUCACUGUGCCCAACAACUCUUUUAAGAUUUUUGUUGCAAAGCUUUUUGAGAACUUUUGAUUAGAAGUUCUCCACAUAAGAUGAGGGAGAUGGAAAGAUAUAUUAGGCUGGAGAAAGAGAAUAUUGGUGUUCCUGUUCCCUGCCUGGUAAAAUUGUUGAACAUUGGGGUGCAUAUUCUAACUGUCAACCUGUAUUUAAUAUUAGAGGAGGGAAGGAAAAUGCAUUCACUUAUGUUAAAAAGUUACUCAUAAAUCCAAAAAGGUUUUAUAAAACUAUACUUCAGAAAGGGCCAAUUCUUUUUCCAUUAAGAAAGGAAGUCCUAAUUGUGCCUUUAUAAUGUUCAGUGAAAUGUUACACAUGAAAAUGAAUUUUUUAUACGUAGUGAUUUUUAUUGAUGCUUGUUGAGGGCUCCAUGAACUUUUGAAAUCUGCAUUGGACAUAUUAUGCUUAAGAUAGGGUUAGCAAUGUAUCCUCAGUACUUCUUAUUUUCUUUUUUUUCCUGGUAGUUUACACAACAGGUCUUAACAGGAAACUGAAUGUUCAUUUUCCCAGCCUAACUGUUGCUUUAGUCAUGUGCCCUUAGACCUACAAGUGGGAAAACAUAGUAUAAAAUUGUUAAUGUACUUUAGGCUCACUAACACACCAUGAAUUUUGAAAGUUAAGAUUCUUAUUACCUAAUUAAUUUUCAAAGUGAUUAUUGCAUCCAACCUAUGGCCAUAUAAACCUUCCCAUUUUUUUUCUCUCUACUUUUUGAUAACAACAGCUGGAACUGCACCCCUAGUCCGAUUUCCCUUAGAUACUUUGUUCCCAUGUCCAUUUUGUAUCCAAAUUGUUUUCAUUAUCAGGUGAACCAAUUUUAUGUAAAGAAAUGUACUAUAUUUUAAGCGCACUUUACAUUUUACGUGAAAUUACAUCUAAUGGGGUGAAGAAAAUGAACACUUGUGGAAGAAUCUAGUACAAUGAAGAACUAGAGUACGCCACAAACAAAAUAAAAGCCAGCUUUCCCUUGCGUACUUUGUUCCAAUACUUUGAUGCCCUACUAUCAUCCCUAACACUAAAUAUUCACAUUCGGGUGAUGUUAAUCUAUUAUCUACGUGCUGUGUUGGAAGCCUAAAUUACAACUUGGUAUUCCAGCAUUACUUUUGGACCUUUAUUUAUUCAAGAGCAGAUGCUGUUUAAAGCCAGUGUCUACCAACUGGGUCUGAGGGACUUCAAUAUUCAGUAUAAUAGCUUCUACAGGCUAUAUUAAUUACUGCUGUUGAUGGGUUGAUUAGUUAGAUGGUUCUCUUUCUUUGCAUAGGAUUGUGUUUCUCAAGCAUGCAUUUUGCAACAGUAAAAAGAUUUUUCCAGUUAAUUUAGUUGUAUUAUUUUUAACUAAGCAUUUAGGAUUGGUGAUGGGUUAAUGAGUGCAUAGUUCCUUACUGCUAAGAAAAUGACCCUGCAGUGUAACUUUACAGAAUUAUAUUUGGUACAGAUAUCAAGAUAGACAGACUGACUGAAGUAAUUGGAAUAAACUCCACAUUGUGUUGCACGGUUACUGAACCUGUGUGUACUGUUGAAAGCCUUGGACUGAGCAGAGGAUAUGUAGCAGGUGUAUUGGUUGAUUGAAAAGAUUAUAGCCAUUUUGUUGGCCCUUAUAGGCUGUAUAUUAUAAAAGACAAAAAAGUGCUUAGUUUUCUCCGAGCAUAUUGUGGCCUUUAAAAACCUCUCAAUUUUUUGGCAGGGUAAAAUAUUACUAAUGCACAGUAAGUUGUUUUCUUGAUUUUUUAAAAAAAGUACUAGCAAUAGAUUAGUCUUAGAAUGUAAAAUGAUUACCCGGGCAUCAGUCUUUUCUUCAUUUUUGACAGGUACACUGAACAAACUGUCUCACAGUAUUAGAUAUUCUAGCAUCAUGAUCUUGGACGCUAAAAUACCUGGAUAUUGUUGAAACAAUGCCUGAUUCCAUGCAGUACAAAUUCAUGGCCUUGCAUUGGCUGUCAGUGGGUAAUGCACUCCUAUUUUAGCCCACUAACGUAACAUGAGAAAAUGUGCUGUUCUUCUAUGUAGUAUUUUUUUCCCUAAAGAGAAUGAUGUCCAUAAAUGAGAGGCCAUGUACAUAACAUUGUGAAUAAAUACAGCCUGAUGAAUAGGCCACCAAAAGGGAUGCUAUUAUUAAGCAUUACACCAACCUUACCUUGCUGAAAUGGCACAAAUUUGACUUUGCACUGAAUAAUUUAUUUCAUUUCCUCUGUUUUAGUCUUGUGGCCAACAGUACAAUAUUUUGGAACCUCAGAAUUUUGAUACAUGUUAAGCUGUUGAACAAAAGUCUUAUUUUACAUUUAAGUGGACCAAGUUGGGUGGAGGGAAAUGGGAGAACGAAAGAGAGUGAGACAGAGAGAGAAAUAGAGCGUUUCCAGAACGCUGUGACUUAUCAUUUUCCACUUGAGAACUUUUGUUUUACUGUAAUCAUCUCCAUUUUUAAUUUUUUUGCAAAGAAAAUAGUAUUACAGGUGGCUUCUUUUAAAAAAAUAUAAAAAUAUAAAGCAGGAAUGUAUAUGAAAAUGUCAGAUUUUAUUGUAUUUGCAGAGUAUUAGCAUUGAAAUUCAAAAAGAGGGCUGUUUGUAGUUUAAAAUGUGCAUUAUAGUGUCAAGUAGAAAUUCAUCUAUUUUUGGAUAUAUUUUAGGGCUUUAUAAAUGUAGACUUUUAAACGGCAGGACUUCUAUUGUGUUUACAUGCAAAUGCAUUUUAUACAAGACUGUCCUAUAAGUGUACAAUAGUACUCUCAACUGGAAUAUGUUGGAUAAAGUAAAAUACUUGGCCUCUUCCAAGUUCCCAUGAUGUAGCCUACACUGCUAGUCAUAUAAUUUAGAAGUGCUUGUAUUUUGAGGCCAAGAAUUUCAUAUUGUUGUAAAUAGAAGAAUUGAAAGGCAAUAAAAUUUUAUUGAACAA